CCGGGCCGAAGAUAGAGGAGCAAAUCAAGGCGAUCGACGCUCGGGAUCAUGUAUGAGAGGAGACCGGUUUGCGAAAACAUCAGAUGUUACGGAAAAAAGUAACUGUCUUGAUGAAGUUUUAAGUGUGAAACGAACUUAACUGCGAAGACCGGACACAGGUCCAGCAUGCCCAUUCCUCCCCCUCCACCCCCUGGGGGACCCCCUCCUCCCCCCACCUUUAGCCUGGCAAAUAAUACUGCUCCCAAGCUGACCCGAGAUGAAACAAAGGGCAGAGGGGCAUUGCUUUCUGAUAUCUGCAAAGGGGCCAAGUUGAAGAAAGUGGGCGUUGUCAGUGAUAGGAGUGCACCUAUGAUUGAGAAGCCAAAAGGAAGUGGUGGAGGCGUGUCGAGUAGUGCUGGAGGUUCUGCGCCAGUGCAACCAGUGGGCGGGCUGUUUCAGGGUGGCGUCCCAAAAUUGCGACCUGUAGGAGAUGGUUCCGUCGGCAGGUCUGCACUUCAUCCACCUGGCACUCGUUCUGCUGCUCCUCGCCCACCUGGCGCCCGCGAUGAUCCUGACAGUCCCUUUCAGCAGAAUUCACCUCCAGAGUCCAGCCGUUCCCAAAGACCGUCCCUGCCUGAUCUCUCCCGGUCCCCCAGUGGAGGCAACAGCCCCUCUACAGGCAUGAAGCACAGCUCUUCUGCCCCCCCUCCUCCACCCCCCAUGUCUCGACGUGGAAACGCUCCACCUGCUCCACCACAGAAGGCUGCAGCGGCCUCGUACAACCGAGAAAAGCCCCUUCCACCAACUCCAGGGCAGAGAGGACCUUCGCCAGCACCUGUGCGUGAAAAUGCACCUCCUCCGCCAGUGAAACCACCUCCGUCUCCUGCGAGCAGCCGCUCCUCUUUGUCCUCCUCUUCCUCCCUGGCCCCACCUCCACCCUCUUACCAUCAGCAGUUGGGGGUUUCAAAUGGCCCCUCCAGUCCUGUAAACGAGGCGGCCCCUGAGCUACCCCAGAGACACAACUCGCUCAGCAAGAAGCCUUCAGCAGGUGGACACACCCCAACACGUGGGCAUGCCCCCCCUCCACCACCAUCACCCACCCCACAAGCUGGCAGACCCCCCGCUCCAGCACGAGAGCCUCCGGGACGAGGAGCAGCUCCUCCAGUUCCCGGACAGCCAUCUCGUAAUGGCCGGGAUGCUCCGCCGCCACCACCACCUUACAGAGGUAGCACCUCAGAUGUUCCCAGCCGAGGCAAGCCCCCUCCUCCCCCCUCCCGCACACCAGCCGGACCUCCACCCCCUCCCCCGCCCAUUCGCAAUGGACACACUUCCAUUUCCCGUUCCUUUGUAGAUGAUUUCGAAUCCAAGUAUUCUUUUCAUCCUCUGGACGACUUUCCUCCUCCAGAAGAGUAUAGACACUUCACUAAGAUAUACCCAAGCAAAGCCAACAGAGUAAUGAGAGGAGCUCCUCCUCUACCACCUGUGGGGAGGUAAACACUGUGACCAGUAGCUCAUGCUGCAUCGGCGACGAGGGUUCUUCAAGCAGACCCACACGUUCAUAAACAGACAAUCUCACAUGCACACCUUAACUCACAAAGCCUGCACCUUAUUAACAGCCAUUCCCUAUUUGGAUAACAUUACUUUACAUGUCAAACUCAACUCUCCCAUUACCACUUUUUAUCUUUGUGGACCGAGAAGUGCGAGAUUUCCAGGAAAGUGUUGCAUUCCACCACCAAUAAUCGCCAAUUGUUUUUUUUCUUGAUAUUUUAAGUACCUUUUUCCUAGGUAGCACUGCACAUUUAAUUUGAUGUGCAUUGAGAGCUAGCAGAGCGUAAUGUUGUCAAAACCUGUAUGUAGGUAGCAGAAAGCAUGUCCCUGUAAAAUGUCUUAACUACCACGUUAGGCAAAAUAUUUAAGGCAUAGCUCACCCAAAAAUGGAAAUUCUGUUGCCGUAGACUUUAUUUCUAUGAUGACAGCCGCAGUCACAGAUCACUUUUAUUGCAUAAAUGUUGAGGCCAACAUUCUUGGUUUCCAUGGAAGAUAGUCAAAACGGGUUUGGAACAUUAUGGUGGUGAGUAAAUAACAUAAUUAAAAUUUUAGUUUAAAUGUUUGGGGUUUUUUCUCUUAAAACACUACUUCAUGUUAUGCACUGGGAAUGUUGUUUGACACUCAGAGAGUGUGAACUGAACUGUAAAAACUAACUGCUUUAGAUUUCAUUUUGUUUUCUUAGACGAACCCCUUUUUCAGGGAACAGCCAUUACCUUUACAUUCUCUCAGGGUGGUUGUUGGACUUCAUCACCCUCUCCAAAUGCAGAGAACAUUAAGCUUUGCAAACAAGCAUUAUGACAGGUCAAAAAGUGCCAAGAGAAUGCUCUACCAUUACCCAAACAACAUUCCUUCCAUCAUAAUGGACUAUUGUUUGUUAAAAAGUUAGCCCAUGAGUUGAGCAGGUUUGGGGAAGUUCAGUAAUACUCCUCGCAUUUUGUUCCUUAAUCUGAUAUGCAAUGUGAAUGCUGGCUUUUGUGAUUGUUCCCUGUUAAGUUACAGGUUGGCAAAGCUUCAUCUUUUUCCAUAACAUCGGCUUCACUUUUAUGAUCUGGUUUUAAGCAAAACUUCUACUUUACAUUUGUGACCUGGUUGAGAGCAAACCGUGUCCAUGUGCUGCCAUAUGGAUUGGUUUUGUAGGGCAGGAUGGCACAUAAGACUGCCUUUGUAUACUGAAGGAGAUUCACUGGAAUUUUAACAACUGUUACUGAAACUUAUCUAUAACUCAAGAACUUGAUCUAGUAUUAACACUAAUAUUUAUUCAAUUCUUAUCACUUUGCAAAAUCAUUUGUCAAGUUCAAUGCAUGCUGCUUUUUGGGACAGGCUUCCAUGGAAAAUGUUGGGCAUAUUUGCGUGUAAAGCUACACACUGCUUCCUGUAUUCCAUUAAUUCCAUGUUUUUUUAUAACGCGUCUGCUUUUGAAUGACAGGACCAUAACAAAGGCUUCUACAAUGGGUUCUUAGUCAAUGUAGUAUUGCUGCAGAAAUAUGGUUACUGUACCUUAACCAAUCAUAUCAAACCAGUUAUGUACAAUUAACAUCCUUCUAAAGGGAAAGUCCACCUAUAACAUUAUUCACUGUAGCACCAUCUGAAAACGAGACUUUGAGGGAUAGACUUACCGUCUCUUCAAUGACAUGUACAGUACAUCUAAAGCUAUCAAAAAGCUCCACAUGUAAUUUUUCUCAACUCAUGUUGUCUGGAGUUUUUAUCUACUAACAUUUAUUGGAAGGAUAUUUUUUUAAUGUUUCAUCAAUGGAACGAUCCAAAAACACUUUAAACAACUGUACAACCCAUUGAAGAGACUGUACGUCUAUCCCUCAUAGCCCUGUUGUCAUUCCCAUCAAAAAUCUAGAAAAAAUAAAAUUUCUAUAAAUGAAAAUUCAGUCAUUUACAUACUCACCCUCACUUCGUUUCAAACUUGUUUUAAUUCUUUAUUGGAACACAAAAGGAGAUGUUGCACAGGAUGUAAGGGACUGACAGCCUCAGUCACCGUUCACUUUCCUUAUAUGGCACAAAGAUGCCAUGAAAGUGAAUGGAGACUCAGUCCCUAACUUUCUACUUUUUGUGUUCUACAGAAGAAAGAUUGUCAUCUAGGGUAAGUAAAUGAUCACAGCAUUUUCAUUUUUGAGAUUUUGACUUUAACUCACUCAUUCCAGUCAGCUUAGCCAAAAAGAGACAGAUUAAAAACAAAAGAAGCAAAUCAUUUCUCAAAGCAUUAAAGAUUGUUUCCCAGCUUCCCAUAUUUUGGGCUGGAUUAUAUUGUUAAAUCUUGCUGUUUAUACAUUCCAUGUUCAUUAAUUUUCCAUCUGAUCUCAAGAGAUAGAUUACCAACAUUUACAUGCUUGUUUUGGAAGGAGGUCAUGAGGUCUAAUAUAAAUAUAGCUGAGAUGGAAAAUGCUGCAACAUUUCAGUUCUGCAGAAAUCUAACCUUCUGAAAAAGACUAUUUUCAAGACUAUAGGUGAGAUACAGUACUGCAGAAACAUUUCCCUCAUGUCGCCCCUUUUAACCUCUCUGUUCUUCUGCCUUAUAUUUACUGAUUAACUUGUCAGUACGGGAUUUGUAAGAAAAAAAAUGGUGUAUUUACAGUACAUAGGAAGAUAUGGUAGUGAUAUUAGGUAUUAAUGUAUUUUUAAGUUGUGAAAAGCUUGUAAUAAAGUAGAUCAUUUCAGGUAAACGUUAAUCAUUUAGGCUUCAACUGAAGUCACUGACUAAUCAUCACUUGAUGGUGUGUAUGUCCUCUUACCUGAAUAUGGUUGAGGAAAUGUUUCUUAGAUUGUACACUUGUCCUUAAACCAGCAGGAGCCAGUGUACAUGUCUUUAAAGGAACAUAACUUGCAUUGAGAGUGUGUGUGUGUGAGAGAGAGAGAGAUGCUUCUUUUCAUUGUCACCAUUGCUUGCUUACCAGAAGUCUGUCCACACAUGUUGGUAUGUUGAUCAACAAAAUAAAGCUGAAAAAAAAUUC